AUGUACCAGUAUUCACGUCUGUUUGGUACCGCUCGCAUACCUACCGAACAUGGUUGCCAGAUUGGACAGGAUCCUUCGUCGAAGCACAUUGUUGUCUUGGUGCGUGGCCAGUUCUACUGGUUCGACGUUCUGGACGACAACAAUGAUUUGAUCAUGACGGAGAAAGACAUCACUGUAAACCUCCAAGUCAUUGUCGAUGAUGCGCAGAAUAUUCCCAUCCAAGAAUUUGCGCGCAAUGCUGUUGGUGUUCUCAGCACCGAGAAUCGCAAGAUCUGGUCCAGUCUUCGCGAUGUUCUCUCUCGAGAGGAAGGUUCAAACAAUUCCGACAGUCUCAACAUCGUUGACUCGGCCCUGUUCAUCCUCUGCCUAGAUUACACCGAGCCCAAGUCAGGCGCAGAUCUAUGUAUGAACAUGCUGUGUGGCACCUCUCAGAUUGAAGAUGGUCUCCAAGUUGGUACAUGUACCAACCGUUGGUACGACAAGCUGCAACUCAUCGUCUGCAAGAACGGCAGUGCCGGCAUCAACUUUGAACAUACCGGAGUCGACGGCCAUACAGUCUUGCGAUUCGCAUCUGACGUCUAUACCGACACAAUCCUGCGUUUCGCUCGUACUAUCAAUGGCAAAGCACCCUCGUUGUGGGCCUCAGACUCACCGGAUCCUGCCAAGCGUGAUCCAAACAGUUUUGGUGACGUUUCGACGACACCGCACAGAUUGGAGUGGGAUAUGCUGCCUGAGAUAUCGACCGCUGUCCGAUUUGCCGAGACUCGUCUUGCAGACCUUAUCCAGCAGAACGAGUUUGCAACUCUCGAGUUCAUGCAGUACGGCAAGAACUUUAUGACGAGCAUGGGCUUCUCGCCCGAUGCCUUUGUACAGAUGGCCUUCCAAGCAGCAUACUAUGGUCUGUAUGGAAGAAUGGAGUGUGUUUACGAACCCGCGAUGACCAAGGUCUUUUACCAUGGUCGUACCGAAGCCAUCCGACCGGUCACUGAUGAAUCCACUGAGUUCGUCAAACUCUUCUGGGGUGACAACCCACCUGCCAAGAAGGUAGAAGCAUUGCGCAAAGCAUGCCAGAAACAUACCGAGAUCACUAAAGAGUGUGCCAAAGCCCAAGGACAAGACAGACACUUGUAUGCCUUGUUUUGUGUCUGGCAGCGCAUGAUCGAUGGAGAUGAAGAAAUCUUGAGUCAGAAUGGCGAUAGUGGUGACAGUGUGCAUGAUGGUAACUCCUCUGAUGUGAUGAGCGAUGAUGGCAGCUCUCGAAGCUCCAUGAACCGUGUACAAACCAACACAGGUGUCAUGCCUUCGCUAUUCGCCGACGGUGGUUGGGAUAGACUGAACACGACCAUUCUCUCGACAUCGAACUGCGGUAAUCCAUCUCUACGCCAGUUCGGCUUCGGACCUACCUCAGGAGAUGGUUUCGGUAUCGGCUACAUCAUCAAGGAUGGCAGUGUCAGUAUCUGUGCUUCUUCCAAGCACCGUCAGACCAAGCGUUACAUUGACGCCAUCGAGAGCUACUUCCUCGAAAUGAGAAAGGUUCUGAGACAGACACAGAGAAGAGGCACCAACACUGAUAAGCUUGCCAGUCGUGCAAGAGAAGCAGAGGAGCUGAAAGCAAAGGCCAGACCAAAGAAUGCCAGGCUGAAGUCCCGUGGUAUACUUGUCGAUGGUACCAGAACACCUGCUAUGGAAAGCGAGCAGGUCAGCGACGAUGACGGUUUGGGCGGCUNNGUAAGUCUGAUCUUUUGUUUUCACGUAAUCGCAAUACUGACAAUUUGUGCAGAUGGCUUCUUCGAUGCUGGAAUGUUAUUGCAAGCAUUGAAGCAGGAGCAGAAUGGCAACAUCAAGCCCAGCCAGAAGGCUGCGGCAAGGAACAAGGUUGGCAAGAAGUUGCAGUUGAUGGACUACUAG